GAGGAGAGGAAGGCGAUGCGACGGACAGGCGCGCCCACUCAGGCUGACUCUCGGGGGCGAGGUCGAGCCAGGGGCGGCUGCCCUGGGGGCGAGGCGACGCCGUCUCUUCCUCCACCUCGCGGCGGAACCCGAGGACAGGAGCCUCAGAUGAAAGAAACUAUCAUGAACCAGGAGAAACUCGCCAAACUGCAAGCACAAGUGCGCAUUGGUGGGAAAGGAACUGCUCGCCGAAAGAAGAAGGUGGUUCAUAGAACAGCUACAGCAGAUGAUAAAAAACUUCAGUUCUCCUUAAAGAAGUUAGGAGUAAACAAUAUCUCUGGUAUUGAAGAAGUGAAUAUGUUCACAAACCAAGGAACAGUGAUCCACUUUAACAACCCUAAAGUUCAGGCAUCCCUGGCUGCGAACACUUUCACCAUUACAGGCCAUGCUGAGACAAAGCAGCUGACAGAAAUGUUACCCAGUAUCUUAAACCAACUUGGUGCAGACAGUCUGACUAGUUUAAGAAGGCUGGCUGAAGCUCUGCCCAAACAAUCUGUGGAUGGAAAGGCACCACUUGCUACCGGAGAGGAUGAUGAUGAUGAAGUUCCAGAUCUUGUGGAGAAUUUUGAUGAAGCUUCCAAGAAUGAAGCAAACUGAAUUGAGUCAACUUCUGAAGAAGAUAAAACUUGAAGAAGUUACUGGGAGCUGCUAUUUUAUAUUAUGACUGCUUUUUAAAAAUUUUGUUCAUGGAUCUGAUAAAAUCUAGAUCUCUAAUAUUUUUAAGCCCAAGCCCCUUGGACACUGCAGCUCUUUUCAGUUUUUGCUUAUACACAAUUCAUUCUUUGCAGCUAAUUAAGCUGAAGAAGCCUGGGAAUAAAGUUUGAAACAAGAUUAAUAAAGUUCUUUGCCUAGUA